UAAAGCAGCCUCUCAGCUUGACAGCCAGUCAGUGUCUUAAUCAGCACUAGUUUGAUAGUAACCGUAGUUUGAUCAAACAUCUGAACGAGAAAAAGGUUAAAUUAAGAAAGUAAGGAUGGCGUUUUGGGACAAAAAGAUUCCCUGGGGCUUUCUGUUAAUGCUGACUGGUGCUGUGGGUCAAAGCGUGAACUACCCAGAUCCUGUUUGUGCUGUGAAAGGAUCGACUGUCACCCUCCCCUGCACCUUCACACCGCUGAAGUCCGUCAUUCAGAACGGAAGAGAAGUUUCCAUAGAGAUCAUCAGAGUCGUCUGGUGCCAGAACUAUGCCAUUUGUCAGGGCCCCGCCCCGUCUGUGUACGACAGUGAAUCAAACAACAACAGUCCUCGUUACAAAUACCUGGGAGACAAGAAGGGAAACUGCACUUUACAGAUCUCAGAUUUACAGGAGGACGACGACGCGACUCUUCGCUUCAGAAUGGAGGCUGAUAAAAACAGAGGACAUCAUACUGGCCAAUCAGGAGUGAAGCUCACAGUCACUGAUUGGACUCGCAUGGAGAUAAACAGCUGCAGCGGUGACAGACAGGUGAGAAGAGGUGAAACCGUCACGCUGUGCUGCACUGCAGACUGUACUGUCCACCCACUGGAGAUCACCUGGUUCAGAGAUGGCCACGCCCUCUCAGAGUCCGGCCCCGCCUUCCACCUCAGCUCUCUGACCCCAGAGGAUUCUGGGAACUACACCUGUAGACUUGAAGACGUCAGGACGCUCUCCCCGCCGUACAGCCUGCAUGUGGAGGCUGAAGAGGAAGGAACAAACGGUGGAACAGCUGACGUACUGCUGGCCGUUCGCCUGCUUCUCUUCACUCUGCACACCGUGCUCAUUGUCAUAGUGGCAGCCAUUGUCAUCAAAAGGACGCGUCUGCGAGACAGCAGCUGCAGCAGCAAAGAGCUGAAAGACGUGGCGGUGCAGGUGGAUCACUGACGAUCGCAUCAGACAGACAUGGUUUUCAGUACCCUCCAGACGCUGUCAAGGAGCUGCGACGCCCAGAGGAACGAGGCCAGGCCGUCUGACAUGAUCACAUCAUCAUCAUCUGUUUGUCCUUGUUUAACCGAGCUUGUUUUAUCUCUCUGAUGUUGUAAAUCACAGUACAAACAUACACAAACAUUGUGCAUUGAAACAUUGUACCAGUUUAACCAAUAAACACUUAAACCCGA